UAAAAGAUGGAUUCAUAAGGAGAUAUAUUAGUAAUAAUUAGCAUAUUUAAUCAAAAUUGAAAUUAAGGAUAAAAAAAUAUAUAAGAAAUUAUAAUUAUUGAUUCGGAUAUAGUAGGAAACUAAUAAUGUUCAAUAUAUUGAUGAGAAAUAAGUUGGGGUUAAUAGUCGUCAAGAGGAAUUAUGAAGAAGAAACCAAGCUCAGGGAUAUUGGAGAAAUAGAAAAGGAAUUAAUAAAAGGAGAGCAAAAUGAAGACCUUUUUAUCUUCAAUGAUAUUGAGAGAAGGUUAGAAUACUAUGUAGGAAAUGAGGACUUCAUAAAACUUUAUCUGAGAUUGACAUGGGACUACGAGACCGAAACAAAGACCUCCACUCUCGAGGAAUGUGAAAUAAAAGAGAGAAUCUUAUCAUAUAAGUCAACUAAAGUUCUUAAAGAACUUAGCUUCAUUAAGGUUGAAGAGGACCAAUUAAAAAUUAGAAUUCCUUUGUAGUUAUGGUACUCCUUGACAAAAGGAAAACACCUAAAGGAUUAGUAAUAAUAUUAGGAUUGUAUGAAAUGGGCCAUUGAUAUUUUAAGAGUUUUCACUAGAGAAGGAACAGGAGAAGGAUUAAGGUAACUAGUGGAUACCUUCAAAACUUAUUAACCUACAAGGGAAUAGCUUGAUCAUCAAUAGAUUCUUUCAUUUUUCCCAACCUAUACCAUUCCAUUUUAAUCUCCUGAUCAAAUAAUCAUUUCCAUUAAGCGUGAAAUUUGA